CUAAAUUCGGGCUUUCUGCUCAACUUUUAGGGGGAAUAAACGACGGUUGCUAUGGCGACCAUAAACGGGGUGUUCGCUCAGAUGCCUGAUCAAAAGUGCAGCGGACGUCAGUACAAAGAAAGUCCGGGGGCCUGUCGGCGUAUCCAGCUCCUGCACUUCAGCCAUGGACCCGGUGUGACGGGACCGCCCUCGGCUGCGCAGCUCGGCGGUCAGCGGGGAUCGGUUCGGCCUGACCCGCCUGGGAGAAGACGAGGCCGCGCGCCAUGAACGAAGUGGAGUUCCCGCGGCGGCGUGGCGCCGAGAGUCUGGCCCUACGGGAGCAGCGGGGGGCUCCGCGCCCCGGCGUGAACCCGCCGCAGAGCGCCGGUGCAGCAGGACCCGCCGAUGUCCAUCAAGUGAAGAUCAAGGAGGAGGUUCCCUGGACCUCCAGUGUGGGGCAGCAGUUCCCGGAGCCGCUCCACAUCAAGGUGGAGGAGGAAGAGGAGGAGGAAGAGGAGGAACCAUGGACCAGCCCACCGGCAGAGCCGCUGCACGGACCGCUCGACUACAGCCGCCUCCCCUUCACCGUCGUCACAGUGAAGAGUGAGGAGGAGGAGGAGGAGCCCCACACCUCCCAUUUUCCUCAAAGUAGAGGUGCGGUCUGCAGGGAGGCGGAGCCUGCAGCCGGCAGCUCCAUGAAGUGGAUAAAAACCGAGUGCGAUGGAGGAGACUUUGGGAAGCUGGAGCUGGUGAGGAACCCGAGCCGUUUGAGCACAAACACCCCCACGGACUCCACUCCGACUGAAGCCAGCGAGGAAGAUGAAGACAGCGAUGAAGGUGAAUGGCACAGACAGAUGGCAGACGCUCGACCUGCAGGUGAAGACGACAGCGGCGUCUGCCUGCCGCCCGAGAGCGGCCUGAACAUUCCAUCGGCGCCGAAGCCGUUCAGCUGCUCUGAGUGCGGAAAACAGUUUCUGUACAAACAGUCCCUGAAGAGACACAUGCGGCGCAACACCGAGAAAAGCCCGGCCGGCUGUGCGCUCAACGCCAAACGGCCCGAGCUGCGGCCGAGCGCCGAGCCGCAGUCCAGAGUCCACACCGGCAAGAAGAAGUUCGCCUGCGACGACUGCGGGAAAACCUUCAGGGACCACUUCAGCCUGAGGUCCCACAUGAGGGUCCACUCCGAGGAGAAACCCUUCGGCUGCCAGAGCUGCGGCAAAAGCUUCAAACACGAGCACAACCUGAAGAUCCACAUGCGCAUCCACACGGGGGAGGAGCCGUUCGGCUGCGAGGUGUGCGGCAAACGCUUCAAGCACCAGCACAACCUGAAGACGCACAUGCGCAUCCACACCGGAGAGAAGCCCUUCGUCUGCGACAUCUGCGGCAAGAGGGCGCGGCACCAGAACAACCUGAAGACGCACAUGAUCGUCCACAAGGGGGAGCGGCCUUUCGGCUGCGACGUCUGCGGCAAGAGGUUCAACCGUAAGACCAGCCUGCGCGCGCACAUGACCGUCCACACGGGGGAGAAACCGUACGGCUGCGACGUCUGCGGCAAAAGCUACAAACGCAAGACGCACCUGCGGACUCACAUGACGGUCCACGCCGAGGAGAAGCCCUUCGGCUGCGAGGUCUGCGGCAAGAGGUUCAACCGGAAGACGCACCUGGCGACGCACAUGGCCGUCCACACCGGCGAGAAGCCGUACAGCUGCGACUUCUGCGGCAAACGCUUCACACGCAAAACUCACCUGAACUCGCACAUAACGGUGCACACGGGGGAGAAACCCUUCGGCUGCGGCGUCUGCGGGCAGGAGUUCACGCAGCAGGGCAGUUUGAACCGACACGUGCGCUUCCACCUGGGCUGAACCCGGAUGAUGACACCACCCAGCGGCCUUCUGGGACUUUGAGUCCGCCUUGAACUGUAGUUUUAUUAUCAAGGAUCGACUGAAUCACAUCUGAAGACGACUGACAUAAAACCAGUUUCUGUUCUCAAAAGAACCUCGUUUAGGUUCAGAAUGAAGUCUGAAAACGUUCCGAUGGUCUGAACGGAGCAAUAACUGUCCGGUUUACCGAAGCCGGAACCCAAACCGCUGCUUCCCAAAAUCCAGACUUUACUUUGAGUUUUGGAUCCGGCUCUCAAACCUGACCGUGACGGGACGCUGUCCCACUGUACACGUGCACUAAGAUGUAUUCAUGUUACUUUCAUGCACAUUCAGUAACUGAGUAUGGCCAAGUCCAGUAUGAGAAAUGCCAAAGUAUUAUUUACGUGCAUUACUUUGUAGUUGAAAUGAAUCUGAAAUAUAAUUUUCUUCUGGCUGA